AUGGCGGCGAGGACGAUUUACUUCGGACGCUUCAUAUCGGCGCCGAAGCCCGAUGAGCUACUGAUACAGACUGGUGCUGUGCUUGUGUCAAGUAGAGACGGCAGAGGAGUCAUUGAGAAGGUGGAUUGGACUGUCAACGGACCCAACGAUGCACUCAGCAAGUUCGGGAUCGAGGCGCCGGUCGUUACUGCCCAUGAUAACGGAUUUUUCUUCCCUGGUUUCAUUGAUACACACAUUCAUGCAUCGCAAUAUCCGAAUGCAGGGAUUUUUGGAAAAUCAACGCUGCUGGACUGGCUGACAACUUACACAUUCCCACUGGAAUCUUCUUUCGGCAACGUCAAAUCUCCCAUGUACAAGAACGCGUCGGAGACACCGAAUCCACUGGCGCGAGCGAAAGCCGCAUAUAGCCGGGUGGUGUCACGGACAUUGGCACAUGGAACAACGACUGCAUCAUACUACGCCACCAUCCACGUCGAAGCGACGAAUCUACUGGCUGACAUUGCCUUCGACAAAGGUCAGAGAGCAUACAUCGGGCGAGUGUGCAUGGAUCGGCCAGAAAUGUGCCCAGAUUAUUACCGUGACGAAAGCACCGAGGAGUCAAUAACGAACACGAAAGCUAGUAUCGAAUAUUGCAAAUCUCUGGAUCCAAGUGGCGAGCUGUUGGCACAUAUCGUAACACCGCGGUUCGCCCCGAGUUGUUUACCUGAGACAUUAACUCAGCUGGCGACUUUGGCAAAGGAAGAAGAUCUUCGAAUACAGACGCACAUCUCAGAGAAUCUGAACGAAGUCAAGCUGGUCAAAGAGCUCUUCCCGGAUCGAGAAAGCUACACUGAUGUCUAUAACCAUCAUGGGCUGUUGACGCCGCGGACUAUUCUUGCGCAUGCGGUACACAUAAGCCGUGAAGAGAUGCAGGUGAUCAAACAGCGAAAAGCAAAAGUCAGCCAUUGUCCCGCCAGCAACAGUGCCCUGGGCAGUGGAUUCUGUCCUGUGCGGGUAAUGCUCGAUGAGGGUAUUGACGUUGGGCUAGGCACGGACGUCAGUGGAGGCUACAGCACGAGUAUCUUAGACGCAGUCAGGAACGCCUGCAUGGUCAGUCGUCAUGUGGGAUUUCUCAACGGUGGCGACAGUCGGUUCAACCUUGGCAUUACAGAAGCACUGUGGCUGGGAACCGUUGGUGGAGCAAAAGUAGUUGGUUUGGAGGGUCGGUUGGGUGGUUUUGAACAGGGAAUGCUAUGGGAUGUGCAGGAGGUUGUGCUGGGUGAGGUCAAAAAGGAUGGAGAGGGUGACGAUACGGAUGUCGAUAUCUUUGGCUGGGAGGAUUGGGAGAAUCGGGUCGCCAAGUGGGUGUGGAAUGGUGAUGAUAGAAAUGUGCGGAGGGUGUGGGUGGGUGGUAGAAUGGUUCACGAACGGAAGUGA